CCCGCGUCCCUAGGGGGCGGCGGCGGCGGCGGCGGCGACGGCAGAGGGGGCAUCCGGAAGUCAACACCAUGUCGAGUCUGCACAAGAGCAGGAUCGCAGAUUUCCAGGAGGUCCUGAAGGAGCCCACGAUCGCCUUGGAAAAGCUUCGGGAGCUCAGUUUUAGUGGCAUCCCCUGUGAGGGUGGACUUCGGUGCCUCUGCUGGAAGAUUCUCUUGAACUACCUCCCCUUGGAGAGAGCCUCAUGGACCUCCAUCCUGGCCAAGCAGAGGGAGCUAUAUUCUCAGUUCCUGAGGGAAAUGAUUAUCCAGCCUGGCAUUGCCAAGGCCAACAUGGGUGUGUCCAGGGAGGAUGUGACCUUUGAGGACCAUCCACUCAACCCCAACCCCGACAGCCGGUGGAACACCUAUUUCAAGGACAACGAGGUGCUGCUGCAAAUCGACAAAGAUGUCCGGAGGUUGUGCCCGGACAUAUCUUUCUUCCAGAGAGCCACCGAGUACCCCUGCCUCCUUAUCCUGGACCCCCAGAAUGAGUUUGAGACCCUUCGUAAACGGGUGGAACAGACGACUCUGAAAUCCCAGACCGUGGCCCGGAACCGGAGUGGAGUCACCAAUAUGUGCUCCCCACACAAGAACUCGGGGCCAUCGUCCCUGAAUGAGUACGAGGUGCUGCCCAAUGGCUGUGAGGCCCACUGGGAGGUGGUGGAGCGCAUUCUGUUCAUCUACGCCAAGCUCAACCCCGGCAUCGCGUACGUGCAGGGCAUGAAUGAGAUCGUGGGGCCGCUCUACUACACCUUUGCCACCGACCCCAACAGCGAGUGGAAAGAGCACGCCGAGGCAGACACCUUUUUCUGCUUCACCAACCUCAUGGCUGAGAUCCGGGACAACUUCAUCAAGAGCCUGGACGACUCGCAAUGUGGCAUCACCUACAAGAUGGAGAAGGUGUACUCCACCUUGAAGGACAAAGACAUGGAACUCUACCUGAAACUGCAAGAGCAGAACAUCAAGCCCCAGUUCUUUGCCUUCCGCUGGCUGACGCUGCUGCUGUCCCAGGAGUUCUUGCUGCCCGACGUCAUCCGUAUCUGGGACUCCCUCUUCGCUGACGACAGCCGCUUCGACUUCCUCCUCCUGGUGUGCUGUGCCAUGCUCGUACUGAUCCGGGAGCAGUUGCUGGAAGGGGACUUCACUGUAAACAUGCGGCUCCUGCAGGAUUACCCCAUCACGGACGUCUGCCAGAUCCUGCAGAAAGCCAAGGAGCUCCAGGACUCCAAGUAGCCUCCUGGUGGGAGGCCCAGGUUUGGGAGAGAAGACACCGACCCCUGUGCCCGCGGGAUUCCAGCCAGCCUGAGGGGACGCUGCAGGAGUGGCCCGCCCCAGGCCUCCUCACCUGGCUCCCUCCUCCUCGGCCGCUCCCGCCGGGGCCACACUGUGCCCUGCUCCUUCCUUCCUGACCCCUGCCCUGGCCCCCUCCCUGCUCUUCAUCCCGGAGACCUUUGGCCCGGGCUGCUGAGCGAGGUAGGAGCUUGUGAGGUGGUUCCCUGGGGCUGGGGCACGUUGGGGUACCGGGCGCCGGCAAGGGUCCGUCCCUGCCUCUGUGCUGCUGCCCCCUUCCUGCUCUCCGGCUCUGGUCUUCUGGGCUCCAGUCUCGGGAGGUGCUUGGCAAUUGAGCCAGAAACCACUUCUUCUGGGGGUUGGUGCUUAGGCUUCUCCGUGGGGAAGGUGACACUGUGAAGGAGCUAAGAAGCUGCCAGGCCCAGGUCAAACCCUCUGUCCCCCCCCGCCCCCCCAGUGUGCUUCUGUCUGUAGUCACAGGUGGGCGUGUAUGUGUCUCUUCAUCUCCCAGGUGUCUGCUGCUCCUGUGUGGGGUGUGGGGUGUGUGUCUGUGUGUAUGUGAGGGGAGUGAGGGUGUCUUUGGUCCCUCGAGGGCUCUUUUUCUCCCUCCCUCCUUCCUCUGCCUCUUUCACAGAGGGAGUGUGUGACUCUCUCGCUCUGUCUGCCCCCCUCUUUCUCGUCGUUCUUCCUCUGUCCUUUUCUCUUGGGGUGCCUUAUCCCCAGCUCUUCCCCGCCCUCCCCUCCACUCCAUGAACCCCAGAGACAGAAUGAGGAGUCCGGCUCAGCGAAAUCCCUGGGGGCCAACCUCGGCCUUUGCAUCCUGGCCACGUUCCCAGCCCUGGGCCCCCAGGUCGCACAGACUGGGAGGGAGUCCACAGUGCCUCACUGCAGGGUCCUGAAUCGGCUCCCGACAGAAAUCUUGGAAACCAGAAGCUGCUGAGAAAUGAUGGCCCACAGAGCUUUGGGCCGCUUACCCUCCUUUCCGCCCGGGGGUGGAAAGGAAGGAGGAGAGGGAGAGCUGGGUCUUCCCAAGAAUCCCCCAAAAGGCUCUUCUCUCCCAGAGGAAAAGGACCUGAAAGUGAUGGUGUACCAGGGGUUGGGAUCCAAGGGCUUCAGAACUAGCGGUCAUUCUCAAGGCUUCCAGGUCCCAGCCCAGGGCAGCAAGUCCCAUAGGGCAGGGGCCCAGUCUCCCCGGGCCAGGAGUAGCUGAGCUUCAAGGCCCUGGGUCCUCGUGGUGCCAGGAGAGCCAGGCUCCCCCCGGCCGAAGGACGUGCUGGCCUGCCCCUGGUCACCUGCUUGGGCUGUUCCCAGGAUUUGGGGCAGGGGCAGCUGGCUGCUCUUGCUGCGGGGCUGUGGGAGGAGUGAGCAUGUUCUGACCAAAGCCCGCCCUCCCUCCUGCAGGGAGCAGGUGGUUUGGAUCUGGAAGCUGGGCGAUGCAGCAAGGGGCUCCGCUUCUCCUCAGACUGGCCAGCAGUGGCCCUUCUGUCCCCAAAGCCUUCCCGAGUCUGGCAGCCAGGACUUUGCGCCGCUGUCCCAGGCCCGGCUGUGGGGCCCAGGAAGAGCUGUCCCCCAGUGGCUCCUAGACCAGGCUGUUCCUUGGACGCUGCUGGGACUUUAUGCACUUGCCUUUUUGCCGCCGCCUCUCCCAACACACCGUACUUGGGAGAUUUUUUUACUGUAUUUAUUCAGACUCCUGGUUAUUUAUUGCAGACUGGCAAGUGCUUGGUUUGAGGAUGAAGGACGGGGCUGGGAAGGUAUAAAAGCAGCUGGAGGUCUUCCUGACCUCCCAGGGUCAGAGUCAGCCUCUUCUCCCCCUGCCUCUGGGACCUUCCUGAUUUUCCAGCAGGUUCUGGCUGGGGCGCCUCUGAGCUCUGUACUGCAGCUGAGUGUAAGGGAUACAAUGCGGCUGGUGUCCGGCAUGGUACAGAGACCCUGCUUCCCACCAGCCCGGCUCAGUCUCUUCCCAGAACUCGUCAGCUGGUGGUUCAGUCCCAACUUCGAGCCCUUCACAGCCUGAGGCUUGGGCCACACACCCUAUGCAUUCCCUCUUGCCUGUUCCCUGCCUACCCUCCUGGGGCCAUACUACUUGAAUCACUGCAUCCGAUUUGCCUCAGUGGCAGACUUAGGUCCAGUGCUCUUUCCUUGACCUUGGGAUGAGGAUCGAGAGCACAGGGACCAUGUCCAGAUUACACUGCGCUCCCCAGUGGCAUACCGCCCGAGGAAAGGACAGGCCCUUGGUGAUUCCCCUGCCCCAGACUCUCAAGGGAGGUGCCCUGAGAGCCAGGGGCUUCCUGGCUGGGGAGCUGUCCCUAGGACUUGGGACACUUACAGAUUGGGCUAUAAGAAUUCUGCAGGUCUCAUUCCAGGGUCAGAAUGGGAGUCUGCUUUUGUUUUUUGAAUCAAUGCUGUUGAUGACAAGUUGUCUUUAAUAAAUCAUGUGUUCUUUGCAA